UAAGUUGGAAAACAUGUAUCCGGGGAUUCUUUUUUGCAGUGAAUAUUGUUCACGUCAUGCCCAACGUUAUUCUAGAAUAAGACGUAGACUAGUUUGGGUGGAAGAAAAGAGUUAAAGAAUUUAUUUUCUUAAAAAAUGGAAUCUACAUCAAAAGUCGACAUUUUAGAUGUGCAGUGGAAUGAAUUGUUGGAAAAAGCUGUUGUCUACCAACAAAAUUUUUAUGAAUUACUUCCUGAUUGGACUGUAUGUGAAAAGAAUGAUUAUAAAUUAAUCAAACAAAACAUAGGAUAUGCUAUAUGUGGUUCUCCAAUUUUCGAAUCAACUUCAGAUUCGAAUAAUAUUUUAUCUAUUGAUACUGAGAACAUAACAGACGAUACAGAUAUAAAUGAUCUUGUUCAUUAUUGUCCUAAAAUGGAGAAAAUCAUAAAUGUUAUUUUACAAAAGAUUUUACGAUAUAGUAGUGAACCUAAUACCGAUUUUAUACAUUAUGGAAUUAUAUAUAACAUGAUUUUUCGUAAUAAAUUAACUCAGCAAUGUGGAAUAAAGGAUAAAGAAGAAAUAAUUGCUGUACCUGUAUUUAAAAUAAAACACUACAAUGAUAAUAAUAAAAAUGAGGUUUUUGAUACUUGGUAUUUAGAUAUUCAAGGUAGAAUAUACAAAAGUUGGGAAGAUUAUAUAUUGAAUAAUAAUUUUCCAAAGUGUACAAUGGUCUACCCAAAAGAUGGUUAUUACCAAUCGAAUCCUGAUUUUAAAAUUACUCCAGAUUGUUCAACUGUAUGGUUAAUCGCUAAAGACUCUUAUGAAUGUUCGAGUCGUGCUCAUGUUAUAUCUACAGUUAACUUGGCAGUUAAUACGGUAGGCACUUCUGUUACCGCUGGCAUAGGAGUUGCAUCGCUCUUUACUCCUGUCGGUCCACUAGUUGCUGCGGCAGGAAUGGCAGCGAUGACUGCGCAAGGUGCUUGGACAAUUGGGAAAUGUUCAUCAGAAUUAUAUGAUAAAUCAAUACACGACGAAUCCAUCAGUCCAUUUGAUCAAAGCAAUUUAUCUGCUUGGUUAGGAAUAGCUGGAUGCACCGUUGGAUUAAUAUUUAAAGGUAGUACUGUUCUUCUUCAAAAAGCUGCUGCAGAAGGCAUAAUAGUUAGUCGAGUAGCCACGACAGCGUACGACGUUAUGAUAGUAACCAAUAUAUCCAUCAAUUUGAUUGGCGUUGGUUAUAAAAGUGUCCAAAUUUAUAACAAGUAUAACGAAUCUAAAAGAGUUGAUAUUCAAGAUAUCUUUUAUUUUGGAACUCAUGUAUUGUUCUUUAUGAAUUCUGUGAUAAAUAUUAAAUUUGCUAAUGAUGUAAUCAGAGAAACGCAAGGAUUAGUAUUAAAAGAGUUUGAAAGAAACCUGCGCGAUAAGAAUUUGCGCCAACGGUAUGAGUAUGCACAAAAGAAAGCUAGUACAGAAUUUAAUACAAAUAAAAUAGAAGAAAAUGCUGCUAUUAUACAACAAUUUAAAUGUUAUACAAUAAAUGACGUGAUAGGAACAUCAAAUAAUAGAUUUGAUACACCGUCGAGUUUUUCAUUAAACUUUGUAGAAGGAAAAUUAAUGUUAAAUGGAAUAACUUUAUUAGAUCCGAUGUCAUUGAUUGUUACAUUAGGUACAACGUUUUUAAGAAAUAUCAACGAAUCGAAUUCACAAUCAACUGAGGAUACUCACACACAUAGUUUAAUAAAAAUUCUUGAAAUGUUACUAACUAAUUUUUAUAAGAGUAAUAAUUGUCAAAGUAAAACAAAACUACCUGUUGUUAAAGAUUUUAAAAUUAUCAUAAACGAAUUGAAGAGAAUUAGAAAUUCGAAAGAUAUAUUAAUUUUUAUAUUUAAUACAGCUGUUACUAUAGUAAAGAGUAAGAAUAAGAUUGAGUUUUUGGUCGAAGGUUGUUGUUAUAUAUGGAAUUAUGUUAAACAAAAUAUGAGAGAAGCAGGAUAUAAAAUAUCUACUACAUCUGAGGAUAGUUAUGAAGAUAAAAAUUGUAUCAAUUACAAUUACAUGCGAUGUCUUUUUGUAUCAAUAUUAGAAGCAGUUGACUCAAUGAUUCAACGAUUUUUUGACGCGCUUCAACAAUACAUAAUGAUGAUUAAUCGAAAUUCAUCGCAGAAACAUUUGAAGAUUAGAUAAAAGUUAUCACAAAUAUAUUAUUAUUCAAUUAUUACAUUUUUAUUAUAUAUAAAAUAUGUACAUUUAAAUAUUAUCAAGAAA